AUGAGCUUUGUGCCCGCCAAAUACGACCCAGAGCCGCUCGUCCCCAAGCGACCAAACUCCCAGAGGGCCGCAACCAUGGCCGUCGAGCCCGACCAGGAAAGCAUCUCCACGCUGUCUAGCAUCACAGGCUGUGAUGGAGAUACGGCGCGCAGAUACCUCAGAGUCAAACAGAACAACGUCGAACAGGCCGUCAAUGCCUUGCUGGACGGCGAGGACAUUUCGAAGCUCGAGCAAAGCAGCAUAUGGGAUGAGUCUGCAUUUACGGCUGACAGAGAGGGCAAUCAGAAUCUGCAUCCGCUCGGUACAAGUGCAGCGCCUACACGAGGACCUUCGCCUGCGCCGUCAUUAGGGCUCCAACAGCCUAUGAGCAAACACGACGAGGAUGAUGAGUUGGCAAGAGCUUUGGCAAUGUCUCGGGGUGAUGUGGAUAUGCCAUUCGCGCAAGAGAGGGGAGUGGUGAAGCAGGACGGAUCAGAGGUCAAAUUUGGGCCAGCUACCAGAGACCACUACGAUCAGAGCCAGUGGGCCCUGGUUCCUGCUUCUCAAGAGAUUGUGCCAGAUGCGCCGGCGCACAGGAGGAAAUACGAUGGACAAGGCCCACGCUUCCUCAAACACCUGCCUGACGGCGAUUACACUCCAAACCUCAUCACCAUCUGCCACUCGAUUGCCAAGUUGAGGGAAGCCUUUUAUCUGCGUGACUAUGUCAAGCACGAUUACGGCAGUGAGCCAGACUGGUGGAGGGGACAUCCAAUUCCAAUGCCGCGGAUCGUUCACACAUCAGAUGGCACCUCUGCAGAGCCAGACUCCGACAAAUACGACGAACUCAUCUCUGAGGUACAACGAUUGACGGCCUUCCUCGACUACAGUCAACGAACGUAUGCCAGCAUCGGAGGCAUCACGCAGAGCGACAUGAUCAAGAACAACGAAGCGAGUUCCAGUAGGCCUGAUACUCUGAUGGAGUUGUUCUUGCAGGGUUGGAUGGAGGCUGCGGGAAGUAGGCUUGGAGCAACAGGCGCGAUCAAGAAGCUUUUCACCACUACCGUUGGGACCAACGCGGCGGCAGGCAUGGCGGACGCAAAUAUGAGGGUGGUCGACCUCACUGUCAAACCGCGGGAGGGAACCACAGAUUUGCUCGAGUUGCUGGACGAUCUGCUUUGGGACACAGAGCCCAAUGGCGACGAGAUGGUGGACAAUUACAUCGAGGAACCAGCCGAUUUCAUUGUCAUGAGAGUCCAGCACAGCAGUCAAAGUGCCAAGAGGCUUGGGUUGGACGUGCCGGCUUCUUUCCACAUUGACAAGUACCUACAAGAGAAUGUGGAGGCUACAAGAGGCAUUCGACAACAGAUGAUGCAGGGAAAGAGGCGAGUGGCAAAGAUUGAUGAAAUUGAGAGGAAGCUCAAAUCCUGGCAACAUCCCAAAAAGAGUACACAGGUCGAAGCCCGCCAGCUCCUGAAUCACGCGAUUGGUCAUUUCUCUGGACAAAACCGCAAGGCCGUCGACACUGCAGAUAUGACCAACCACUCUGACUUGGAGCAUGACGAACCUGAUUACUACCCCGACGUCGCACAGAAAUUGGAGCAAAUCGUCGCCAGCAUUGACAAGAAACUCGUAGUACUCGCAGAGGAAAGGGAGAAGACCUGUAAAGCCAUUUCAGAACUUUCGAAAGCCUCACUGGACCUUCAAACACUCGAGACCCAUCCGCGCUAUACACUCAGAGGCGUCGCAACAAAACCGAACAUCACCUACGUCCUUUACCCGACAGAAGGCGAAGAUCGUGACAUGAGCAACAGCGAUGAAGACACGACACCGCCUGGUCACCAGUGGUGGCGUGUCGCGUAUGAAUCAUCAGGCUCCUCCGCAUCGUCUAUCAGGACCAGGGCUGGCGACUUCGACGUGUUGCGGGCUGUAGAGCUGGAGCAUUCCUCGGCCUUGCUGGUCUAUGGCAACGAUGAGGCAUGCGACAGGGAAGAUUACUACAAGCCGACGGUACCUGACGCACUGAAAGAGUUCGUGGAGAGAGACAACAUACAGUUCCAGCAGGAGCUGCAAGACGCCGAGUUACCGUCUUACAACAUCAUCAGUAACGACGUUGGCGAGAUCCCACGCAAAUCGAUUGAGCGGACUUCGAUGGACAGUUUAAAGGUCGGCAGAGGUGAUUCAGACGAUGAAGGACUGCUCGAAAACGAUGAGCUCACGCAACAGCACCAUGCUUUUGGCUUGGGAUACGAGGUCAAGCCUGUCGGGAUGGAUGAGCCUGAUCGGCCGCGAACACCGGUGGAUGAGAUUCAUCUUGAUGCCGAGGAGGAUAUCCUGCCGCACAGCAAUGUGGAGAUGGUGCAGAAGCCGGAUCACCAGCCUUUUGUGCCGCGCCCAGGAACGGGUGGAGAUACCGCGAUGGGUGGGAUGGAGAGUCAGGAUAAUGGCGUUGGUGGUGCGGCGCAUGUUGAAGAUGCUGAUGCUGCCGGUCCGCGGUGA